GGUAGAACCAUAGUUCAUGACACGCAGCUUAAGGUAACACGAGAUAUCACCGUUUCCUGUCCAUUGAAGCCUGGCGAUUACACAAUUAUUCCAACUACAUCACCACAAAGCCAAGAAUUAAAGUUUCUUCUACGAAUCUUUCUAAAAAGUCAAGGCAAUAUAAGGGAGACAGACAAUGAAAUCAGUUCACAGGGGACAAAGGAUAAGCUCAUCUGGAAUCCAGACGACUAUGAAAGUGUCUUCUUAAGAUAUGCUUAUCAGAACUCCUACUUAGAUGCCUCACAGUUGCAAAGGAUUCUUAAUGGCAUUCUCCUAAAAGAUCUAAUGGCUAGCCUGGGAUCUGGAGAUGGAUUCAGCUUUGAUUCAUGCAAAAGCCUUUUAGCUCUGAUGGAUAUAAAUGCUAAUGGAAAACUUUCACUCCAAGAAUUUAAAAGACUGUGGAGAGCUUUCAAGAAAUAUGAGGAUAUAUUUGGAAGAGAGGAUGAAAAUAAUUCUGGAUUCCUAACUGUUUCAAAUUUGCAAAGAGUUGUGCAAAAAACAGGCCUGUAUGUCAGUGACAAACUCUUCCAGCUCCUGGUUUUACGAUAUGGAGACUCAGCGCAGAGAAUAAACUUUCCUGAUUUUGUAUGCUGUAUGUUUCGUCUUGAGACAAUGGCAAAAGCAUUCCUCAAUUUAUCAAAAGAUAAGGGAAGUAUCUGCUUUACUGAAGAUGAGUGGAUGACCAUGAUCAUGUAUUGCUGAUCAGAUGAUACUACUUUCUAAAUACAGGCUGCUGACUUCUUAGAUUUUCAAAAGAAAGUUGUUGAGUGUGAAGGCCUAUUUAAUUGGAGAUGAAAUAGAACCAGUCAAGGGCUUCAAGCAAUCUAGACAUAAUCAAAAGAAUAAAAAAGCAUGCAAAGAAUGGUACCCACAGAAGAUAAUGGUAGAAAUGUGCAGAGAAAAAUGUUUACUACCAUAUGAAUGUCUUGGGAUGACUUUUAAAAAUAAUCCACACUAAGGUUAAUAAAAAUGUUCAAUGCAGUAGGAACUUAAGUUUAAAAUGAAAAUCUGGUGGAAUUGGGUCCCAGGUUGGACUAAAAGUCCUCCAAGAUCCUUUCCAACUCUGUAAUUCUGUUUUUCUGUUAUAUAGAAUAAUCUUCCAAGAUAUAGUCAUUCAGGUUUGUUCAACUAAGCUCCAAUCAACCACAGUGUAACCAAUGCAUUUACAUACCUAAUCUUAUAUUGAUUUUAUUGUGUUUUAGCACUUUGUUUCCUGACAUUUAAUUGUUUAUCAAAACUGCAUAAUCUUAAGUGAUCUUAUCAUAAACCAAAAUGCAACGCAUAUAUUUGAGAAAUCAAUACAAAUACAAAACUAAUUUAAAAUUAUCCUUAGACUCAGGUUUCAAUCCUUUACAGACUUAAGAACUGUACACUAUUAAUCACAAUAUGACUUUCCAAGACAGUUUUUAUAGGUUCAUGCUACACACGUUCAAAUAAUUUUAAUAAAAGUGUAACUGUUUCUUGUUCUAAGUGGAAUUCUCUUAUGUGCUACAAAUGAUUUCUGCUUUGGUAUGGUGGCGUUUACAUCUUAGCAAAAAUAUUAUAUUUCUUAGACUGGGAAUUCUUAUUUUAUUUACCAUGAUUUUCACACGUUUAUUCAACUUUGUUUUCUGCUGAAAUUAUUAAUAUCUCUCUGAAUGUUUGAUAGCUGUUGUGUUAUAUAUACAAUAAAAUAGAAUCUAUCCAAUAUGAACAACAGCAUAUACUUUCACUUUUUAUUGUUUUAUUUAAUUUUUCAAUCAGUUUCAUAACUGAAUUUCUCAUGCUAUCUCCUGAUUUGCUAUGUAGAAUACAAGUAAUUUGGUGAUGGACUGAUAUAUAAUAGAACCAAAAAAUGUCUAGAGCCUCAUGACUAUAAUGUUAUAAAAAUAAGUUAUU